GUUUUUGGAAAUACAAAACAAAAAAGUAUUUAUUUUAUGAAAGGAAAAAAAGAAAUGUAAAUACAGAUACAUUAGCGUCGAGGCAAGACCAUGUGCUCACUCACAUGCGGUCUUCUCUUCUCUUCUCAUCUUCCCUUUUUAUGAUUUUCUUUUCCCAUUUUCCUCUGCGUUUGAUUAUCUGAGAGAGAGAGAGAAGAAACUUGUUGAAACAAAAUCAACAACAACUUAUAGAAGACCAAAAAAAGAUUCAUAGGAUCUUUUGCUUGACAAUGAAAGAAGGAAAGGAUGGGUUUGUUCGAGCAGAUCAGAUUGAUCUAAAAAGCUUAGACGAGCAACUAGAGAGACACUUAAGCAGAGCUUUGACUUUAGAGAAGAACAAGAAGAAAGAUGAAGAAGACACAACCGCCGUCGCCAUCGGUGGCUCUGCUUCUUCUUCCCCUGUCACUCUAAACGGCGGCGGAUUUGUUGGCAAGAGGAAACAGAGACUUGAGUGGGAGAUCGAUCCUUCUAAACUUAUCAUCAAGACUGUUCUUGCUCGUGGCACUUUUGGUACCGUUCAUCGUGGUAUCUACGACGGUCAAGAUGUUGCCGUGAAGUUGCUUGAUUGGGGUGAAGAAGGUCAUAGAUCAGAAGCUGAGAUUGUGUCUUUGAGAGCUGAUUUUGCUCAGGAGGUUGCUGUUUGGCAUAAAUUGGAUCAUCCUAAUGUCACCAAGUUUAUAGGAGCAACAAUGGGUGCAUCAGGGUUACAGUUGCAAACAGAGAGUGGUCCAUUAGCUAUGCCAAACAAUAUAUGUUGUGUUGUUGUUGAAUAUCUUCCAGGUGGUGCUUUAAAAUCUUACCUGAUCAAGAACAGAAGAAGAAAACUAACAUUUAAAAUUGUUGUUCAGCUCGCUCUUGAUCUCGCUAGAGGGUUGAGUUACCUUCAUUCGCAGAAGAUUGUUCACCGAGAUGUAAAGACAGAGAAUAUGUUGUUAGACAAAACCCGGACUGUUAAAAUCGCAGAUUUUGGAGUUGCGAGAGUUGAAGCAUCUAACCCUAAUGACAUGACAGGAGAGACUGGCACACUUGGCUACAUGGCGCCUGAGGUUCUCAAUGGAAACCCGUAUAAUCGAAAAUGCGAUGUAUACAGUUUCGGGAUCUGCUUAUGGGAGAUAUAUUGCUGUGACAUGCCAUACCCUGACCUUACUUUCUCUGAGGUCACUUCAGCCGUCGUCCGCCAGGUAUGGUUGAAUAGAUUAAGCAAAGAAAAGUUAAUUUAAUUGAAAUGUGCAUAUUGGUUGUUUCACAAUUAUAUUUUGUUGUAAAUCUUGAGGAAUCACUGAAGUAAAAAAUGUGAUCUAGAGUAGUGUAACCAUUUCAUCAUUUCACUGAAGUAAAAAAUCUAUAUGCAAUAUGCUGCUACAUAUGAUCAAUGCAGAACCUGAGACCCGAUAUACCGAGGUGUUGCCCGAGCGCACUUGCAGCUGUGAUGAAGCGAUGUUGGGAUGCAAAUCCGGACAAGAGACCGGAGAUGGAUGAGGUUGUACCAAUGUUGGAGAGUAUUGACACAACCAAGGGAGGAGGGAUGAUUCCUAACGACCAGCAACAGGGUUGCCUAUGCUUCCGAAGGAAACGUGGUCCUUAAUUCCCAAAGACCAAUCUAAGAUCAUUCAAAACUCAAGAUUCGUGUCCUUGCUUCUUUUCUUUUUCUUUUUAUAAUCCAGAAGGAAAAAAAAUGGGAAGGCUUGUUAGGGAUCUAAUGGUUGCUAAAAUUUACGUAAAGAGUAUGAUUUGGUUUCCAUAUUCUUCAACAUUUCUUGUUUUGCUCUAUUUGUGAGAGUUGCUUAUUAAAUAUUUAUGGUCACGUAUAUCAUCAUCUCUAAUCAUAUAUUUGAUAUAGCUAGUCAAUGGUACAACUGUUCUUUUUGUCUUUAUGGGUUAACCAACUACACUCGACAGGAACAUCCUAUUUGAUAUA